CAAUGUCAUUAAAGUUCUCUAAGGAAAAGAAUCUUAAAAUCAGAAAAUAUUCAUGAGCUAAUUUUGUAAAUUAUGAAAGUUUGUUUUCGUAUUAGGUAACAAAAAUGGCUGAGGAAGAAGGCGGAAUAUUUUACAAUUUAGAGAGUCUCUUGCGACAGGAUUAUCGUGGAGUAAAUAUAGCUGUGUAUGCUCUCGCCACAGCAAGCUUGGCAGUAUCUAUACAUAAAAUCCGUCCGGUAAGUAAAUUCUCGAAAGCAAGCAAAGUUCCUGAUCACUUUAUAAAAAGGCAUGAACCCUUAAAAGGAGUCUAUGUAGGUGUUCAGCAUUCUCCUGUAAGGCUCCUUGUUAAUCACAAAGCUCCUAUUUAUCUUCCAUUAUGGCAUUCCAGCAAACCACCACUGCCUGUCAAGCUAUGGGGUGUUGAUAUAGUAAGUGGCAAUGCUGUCAAUUGGUUAGAUUGUGUCGCUAAAGGUCAACAGGUGACUUUAAAACCUAUCGCAAGAGACAAGGAAGAACUUGUCUCUACUGUUCUAUUGCAUUUACCACAUCAAAAGACUAAAACUGUGGAGACAUUUGAUAUUGGUCAAAAGUUAGUGGAACUUGGUUUUGCUAAAGCCUCUGUGCCUCAAGCUAUUAAAAAGAAUACUCUUGAAUCACAACUGGCUCCCGGUAUAUUAUCAGCAGAGGCUCGUGCAAAGUCAUUCCGUAAUGGAAUUUGGUCAGAAAAGCUUCCACCGAUUCCUAUUUAUGUCACAUAUUGGCGAAAAGGAACCCAUCUAACUUCUGAUCUUAUUAUUUUGUCUUCGAAGAAAUUGUUACAACUAAUAACUUUUAUUUCUAAAAGUGCCUUAGUUGGUGUCAAAAAAGUAAUUCUUUUACCUUUUAAAGCAACUCCAAAGCCCAUUCAAGCAUCAUGAAUGAUAGCAGGCUUAAAACUAUCUAGUUUACUAACUUAAAAUUUAGGAUAGUAUGAAAUGCAUUACAAACUUUUAUGGUAGUUCUUUUAAUAUACUUGUUGACAAAAAUAUUCUUUUGUAUAAAUUAUCUGUUGAACAAUAAAAAUGUUUAAAAAGUUA